AUGGAACUACCGAAACGUGAUGAUUUAAGAACUCCUCAACGUGAAUCUAUCGGUAUUACAUCACCAAUCUUAAAAUCGAAUGAAAAUACAUUUAAUACUCCAAAGGUAUUGAUUCAUGAUUCUCAUUCUUCUUUUAAUGACGAUGAUACAUCUUUAAAUGAUGAUUUAUUGAGUAUAUCUGCUAGUAAUAGACACAGGGAUUUGUCAAGAAAAAGUGUCGAUUCUAUAUCUGUUAGACGUAGUUUUGAAUCUUCUAUUGGUGGUAGAGGCUCUAGGUCAUUUGGAUUUGGAAAUGGAAGACACAGUGGUUCAGAAGUUUAUUCUCCAUUAGGAAACAACUCAAUUUAUGAGAUUGUUAUGAAUACAAGAAGAAAAAAUUGGUUGAAUUAUCCAACAUCUUAUGACAUACCUCCUGUUGUGUUAACUAAAAAUGAGAUUGAUUCCGAAUGGAAAGCUGAUGUCAAAAAAUACGUCGAUUCUAUAAAAACUGAAUAUUCUUAUUUUGAAAGCACAAAUAAUCUAAAACAUAUGAAUAGAUUAGAGAAAAUUAAACAAUUAGAGGCAUAUAAUUUCUCAAAUACUGAUUUAACAAAUACCAAUAAUAAUGAUAUUGAUAAUAACAAUAUUAUCGAAAAUGAGGAAAAUAUAAGCGAUGAAAACUAUAUUUCCAAUAAAAGGAAUGCAAGUAAAGAAUUUGAUGAAGUACCUGAUUUCUAUUUUAAAAAAGGGUUCCAACUAGAUAAUCCAAGAACUUUCCAUAAUGUUUUAGAAGGUUUGGAUUUGAAACUAGGUAAAUUGGAUGCAGAAGAUGAAUCUAUUAGAAAUGACGCAUUUAUAGAAUUAAGGGAUAGACUAAAUUUUUAUUUGGAUGCUGUUGAGGGCCUAUUAGUCACAGAAAUCUCAAAAUCCUCUCAUAAAUUUUUCCAUACUCUUGGUAAUGUUGACCAAAUCCAAGAGAAAGUUAGCAAUUCAAUAAACGGAUUGGUCAUGAUAGUUCAAAAGUUGCAAGAUGUGGAUAAAAAUGAAAUACAAGGCAAAAUAGAGAAACUUCAAAAAAUUAUUAAACAACGAAAUAUUGAAAAAUUAGAACAAGGUUUGUUGCAGGUUAAACAAGUUUUAAUAAAGACUGAAGAAUGUAAAAAACUGUAUGAGAAAGAUGAAUACGAUUCAUGUAUGGGAAUGAUAAACUCUAUUGACGAUUUGAUAAGAGGUGAUAAUACCAAAAAUGACGAUGUUAAAAAAUGGACAGAAAAUUGGCCGCAUAAAUUAAUAGAUAUAAAGUCUGUUCCAUCAUUAUCAGAAACUAGGGAGUAUUUAACUAAUAUGAGGAUAGAAAUUGGUGGUAAAUUCUCUUUACAAUUAUGUGAUAUUUUAAUUUUAGAUUUAAAAGAAUAUUGUGAUUCAGUUAACAGCAAAGAAUCCUUAGAAAGAUUGCAGAAUAUUUCAAGAGAUAAGAAAUAUUUAGUCAUUAACUCAGAGUUGCAAUCCUCCUUAUCAGUAUUAAUCGAUAAAUUAUUCAAAUGCGAGGAAUUAACAAGUGCUUUUAGUGUAUACCAGGAUAAGGCAAUCACAGAAUUGAAGUCUAUUAUAAAAAUAUAUCUUCCACAAGAGAACACAUCUCCUUCAGAUUUGGAGAAUUCUUCGAGACCUGAUUCUGGAAAAUCUAGUAAUAGUGGCUCAAAACUUUCAAGAUUAAUUAAAGAACAGACCCCAAUGGAGUUUGAAGAAAUGUUGGUUAAGACAUUCACAAGAGCAAGCGAGGCUAUCCGUAGACUUUAUAGACACCAAAAACUGCUCCUUGACAUAUCUCUUAAUGAGAUUAUGUCUGUUGGACAAUCUUCAAGAAAUGAACAUGAUAUGAUUACACAGUUAGAUAUUAGAAAUGGUAUCAAUGAAAGUAUAAGAAUAGUUCAAUUACGUAUGGGUAAAAUUAUUGCAGUUCGUAGAGAUUUAACAUCCCAGCUUCGGUUUGAUUAUUUUUUAGCAGUUUAUUCUAUCUGUGUUUUAUUUAUUCAAGAAUGCGAAGCUGUGAGUGGGGAAUUCCUAACAAGAUAUCUUAGUGAAGUUUUAUCUGCUCAGAUCAAGCAUUAUAUUGGCACCAAAAGUUUCAGGAGUGUGAGGACACUAAAACAGAAAAUAUCUGCUGAGAAAUGGACACCUUUCAUUGUAGAGCCGUCUGUUCAGAAAGAUGUCAAUGAUAUCGUUUCAUCUAUGGACUUGGAUCCCUUGGAUUGGACUAAAUUUUUAGAAAUUGACCCUUCUAAAUAUGAUAAGAAGCCACAAGAUAUUGCUGAAGUUCCUGAAGUAGAAGUAGCUGUUUCAAAUGAACCGGAUAAUUUAGCUCCUAAGGGUCAUAGGAAAUCGGUUGUAGUAGCGGAUAAAACAUUUGUUGCAACGGAUACGUUGAUUUCUACGAUCAGUAUGAUCAAAGAGACACUAAUAUUAUCUACGAAUCUACCAACUUCAUAUUUGCCUUACCUUGAGAAGGAAUGUUAUGAAAUAUUAAAAACAUUUUGUGAAAAUGUGACGAUAAUUGUGAAGGAUCCUGCCAAGGGGAAGACCAAUCUCUCCAUCAUGGGCGAGUCUGUUGAUUGUCUAGUUGAGUUUAUCAAAAUCAUCCAACGUUUGUUUAGAAGGUUGAUGAGUUCCAGUAGAGAUAUAUUGCAAAAAGACCAACAAGUAGACUACAUAAAGCUUUUACAAAUGUUCCAGUCGGCAUCAGAAAGGAUAUAUUUGGCCAAUGCACCUCCCCCACCUGCAUAA